AUUCGCUCGCGGUGGUCGGGCCGCUUAUACCAUGGAGUUCCCUAUAAAACUCGACGAUAAAAACUAUGACAUAAAAAAAUUCUUACGCGACCACCCCGGCGGUACAAACACACUUGUAAAUUACAAAGGGAAAAAUAUCUUACAGGCUAUGGAAAAAUUUGGACACAGUGUUAAUGCUUAUCAUAUGUUAAAUGAUUUUAAGGUGGAGAGUGAGAAAGAUAGUUACUUAUGUGGUGUAAGUGAGAAUGGUAGGAUUAUCACUAAAGAAGAGGAUAGCAGGGAUAAAGAGGAGAUCGCGUAUUUAGAGGAACUGGAGGCUCGACUGGACUGGUCAAAGCCCCUCCUCUCCCAACUGGAUGCCAUUGCUCCAGACUACGAGAAGUGGGUGAACAGCGCCGUAUACCGGCACUGUCGGCUUUUCAGCAGCUCGCUGCUGGAGGCGCUGACUUACACGCCCUGGUACCUGGUGCCGGCGUGCUGGCUCCCCGCUAUACUGUGGCUGGGGCUCGGGGAGUACACGAAACAUGUGGGCAGUGAUAGCAGCGAUGCGUUGUCAAUUCUUCAGUUCUUCUGGCACCUCGCGCUAGGCCUAUUCCUGUGGUCAAUCAUAGAAUACUCGCUACACAGAUGGGUGUUCCACUUAGACCCAGGGAAGAACCUUACCAUGAUCAAGAUACAUUUCCUGAUACAUGGGCUACAUCAUAAGACGCCAUUUGACGGUCUUCGGCAAGUGUUCCCGCCGGUGCCUGCUCUUAUGCUGGCUUCCAUCGUUUACCAACCUGUGUCCUGGUUCCUGAGUUUCCCACUUAUCAAGCUGACUGGUGGACUCAUAGGUUACUUAACGUACGACAUGAUACACUACUACGUGCACCACGGCUCGCCCGCCGACGGCACUUACCUCUACGCGAUGAAGCGCUACCAUUCCAACCACCACUUCGUCAACCACGACAGAGCUUUCGGCAUUAGCAGCGAGAUCUGGGACCACGUGUUCAAAACCUUCGUGAAGCUACGGACGCUUGGAUUCAGUUUGCGUUGGGACUGAUCCUUUUGAAACCUCUCAAGUUAUAUUCAGAAUUAGAUAGGGUAUCUAACGCGGUACUUAACUAACCUUAUUAAAGGCACUAACACAAAUGUUCACUCUGCCUUAUUCUGAAUACCCGUAGUAUUCGUCCCUCCUAAAGUUACUCAUAAAAUUUGUGUCUUGAGCCGAUAUGUUACAUAUACACGGUGGCCAAACAAUAAGUGCAUUCCCGUUGCCAGGGAGGUUUUGGGAUUAUACUGAGCAACUUUUACUAUGGGACCAAACCUGAAAUCGCGAAAAAAAAUUUGACUGUUUCAUACAUUUUGGCUGGUCCAUUUUCUAUGGGAGGGUAAAUUUUUUUUCGCGAUUUCGUGGUUGGUUCCAUAGUCAAAAUUGCUAAGUAUAAUUCCUAAGCGUCCCUGGCAACAGGAAUGCACUUAUUUUUUAGCCACCCUGUAUAAUGGAUAAAAGAACAAAACAUUUGCAUUUGCGAACAAGAAAAUCUUUAAAAAAAUCAUUGAGACCGUUAGGAGGAAAGAAAUCUGCAUUUAUUAUUUUAGUCAUAGGUGCUAAGUAAAAAAUGUAAAUAUGUAACUAUAUGUUAUUUGAAUUUCUACAAGUACAAACAAAUUUUAAAUGUAAAGCCUCAUUUCCACACGUG